UAUUUAUUUUGCAAUUUGACUAUCAACAGUUGGUUCUCUGGUCAUUUGAUCUAUUAACGAACAGAGAGUUUUAAAUAGAAAUAAACUAUCAAAUAGCUAACAUCAAAAUAUCGAAUGAAAGCAUAAAACAAAAAUAUAUUCGGAGUGUGAUCAACGCUUGCCUACUGCUUUGUAUGGUUAUCAUGGGAGGAAAGAAAUGCAAGCUAUUCACGUGUCGCACGUUUUAAGUUGAUGUUUGUGCAUGUCUUAAGAAUGGAAGUAAAUGUUGGUAUUUUAGCUAUCCAAGGCGGCUUUUCUGAACAUGAAAGCGCUUUGUUGAAUUGUCUUAAAGAAAACGGCGGUGUUAUUGAUGGUGUUGCUCUACGAGUGAGGAAAGUCACAGAGAUAUGUGAUUUGCAAGAUUUAAAUGGUCUUAUAAUUCCGGGUGGAGAAAGUUCGGUUAAUUCACAGAUAAUGAGUGAAGAAAUGAUUGAAGAACUCGCAAAUUGGUCAAGUAACCAGAAGCAUUUUGUAUUUGGAACUUGUGCAGGUUUGAUUACAAUGUCAAAGAAUAUUGAAAAUGCUUUUCCUGGUCAAGAAAAUCACUUCUCAAAGUUAGCCAAACUUGAUGUUACAACAAGCAGGAACUACUUUGGACGUCAACAAAAUAGUUUCGAAGGCAAAGUAUUCAUUAAAGAGAAACAAAUUUCAAAAUAUGAUGAAAAUAUGUCAGAGAUUUGCUUUGGGGUAUUCAUUAGAGCACCUGCCAUUGUCUCAAUAAAUAGUGUUGAUAUAAAACUUUUGGCAACAGUUGUUGUAGACAAUAAAGAAAUCAUUGUAGCUGUUGAACAAAACAACUGCAUGGGUUUGGCAUUUCAUCCUGAGUUGACUAAUGACAUUAGAUGGCAUGCCUACUUCUUGUCUCGUAUUGUACAACUUUGUGAAAGCUAAACAAAUAUGAAAAUUUAUGAGCCUACAAGUAUUUUACAGUCAAUCUGUAUAAACCUAAAAUUAUAUCAAAGCAUUGAA